GAAUGAUAACAUGUGCUUCGCGGCCGAAACGAUUCCCUCUCGUGUAAAAUAGGCCCUGAGGAGACUAUCGGUGGCCUUAACAAAGUGGCAGCAUUGGUUCGUGAAGCAAUAAAUUGCAAUUUAAAAAGUGCCUCCGGCGUAGUGGUAGGUUUUUUUGCAAGCAUCGAGCAUGGUGUCCUGUUGAUUUUAGCCCUCCUGAAUAUCAUUCCAGUAAUAAGGUAACAAAAGUGAAUAAAAAUGGCAAGAUAUUACGAAAACACUGCAACAUUUAACUUCAGUUGGGACCAAGUGGCCUGUGGGUAUUGGAAGAGGUACCCCAACCCUCAAAGCACCCAUGUUUUAUCUGAGGACACAUGGAGCAGACAAGUGAAAGAUGGCUGCCUGUACACAAAGCGGCUCCUUACCAAGACCAACAGGGUCCCUAAGUGGGGUGAGAGAUUCUUCAAUGCUAAGUCAGUCAAGAUCAUCGAGGAGAGUGUUGUGGAUCCAAAGCAGAAGGUUCUGGUGACAUACACCAGGAAUUUGGGAUACACUAAAGUUAUGAGCGUGGUGGAGCGCGUGGAAUACCGCUCGGCAGGCCCGGGCCAGACGGUGGCGCGGCGAUCGGCCUGGAUCGACUCACAGGUGUUCGGCUUCUCGCGAGCUAUCCGAGCAUUCGGCGUCGAGAGGUUCAGGAAGAACUGCAACCAGAUGGUGAACGGUUUCAACCACGUCCUAAACAGCAUGUUCCCGCGUCCAGCUUCCCAGCACAGCUUAGCGCCCGUCAGUCACACUCUCAAGGAAAUGCGCGACGCCGCCGCCGCCGCCACCGACCGAGCUAAAGCCAACGUACUGUCGUCCGUCAACAGGACAUAACACGAAGACAAGCGGACCAAAGUGUAGUGUACAGUGCAGUGCGUUUAGUGAUUAUACACGAGGAGUUAUUAUCGUUGGAUGCAUCAACAAUGGGCGUGCCCAACUUCUAAGCUAGGGGAAUAGUAUGGACAGGGGAAAGUAGUCUGGACGAGGGGAGGGGGCAGUAUGACCCAGGGGAGAGGGGCAGCUAUAUUAUCAUUGGAAGAUGCACCUACCAAUGGGAGUAAGCCAGCUUCUAAGCCAGGGGAAUAAUAUGGACAGGGGGGGGACCAGUCUGGCCCAGGAGAGGGGAGAGUGAUUUUGAAAUUAGGAGAGAGCAAAAUUUUUAAGGCCUGGCUCUCCCAGGCUUACGCCCGUUUUCACCAUCAUCCCUAAUUUUUAAGUGACCCCUAUGACAACAAAAUUCCUAUUAUUUGUUACUAUAGGGGUCACCUAAAAAUUAGGGAUUGAUGGUGAAAACGGGCAUUUGACAGUUAGGUAUGCUGCCGGGUUGUGGUAUUUACAAAGGGGAAGCUGCCCCCUCUUUAAUACGCCCAUGAUGACCUCAACGCCUUUGAAUGUCACUCAAUGCUUGAUGUGUAAUGCGCAUUUGCAUUACUGAUGUAUCAUCACCAAGCCCAUUCAAAUUCGUGUUUACCUAAAGGCUUGUCAACACAAAACUGGCUAUUUGUUUAUGAAAAUACAGAUGAAAUGACAUGGAAAGUAAACAACUCCAUCUCAUUGUGCUAUACAAGGAUUAUUGAAUUAUCCAUCCAAGCCUAGCCAGUUCAAUAAAGUUCCAAUAAAGUCAUGGGGUAUAUGUCCCUUGUUGCCCACCAUUCAAUUUCUUAACAUAAAGUUCUUAUUUACUUCAGAACUGCUUAACUUAGCCAUCUUAAUAAUAUGAAUAAAUUACCUUCUUAAAAUUAUUCCUAAAAUAUAUUCUUCGACUCCUGGCAUAUCAGACAGUUCAAAAAAUUAUUAAAUAAAUCAGAUUAUCUUUUAUAUUUUAAUUGUAUUACUGAGUAUGUUUGUAUCUCCGUGUGGUCCUAUGAUUUUGACUCAAAAUGGCUUCUAGAGUAGAUA